AUGGAGAAGGAAAAUACAACAGUGAUUGCUGAGUUUGUUCUCACAGGACUUACAUAUCAAGAGCAGUGGCGAAUCCCACUGUUUUUGGUAUUUUUGGCAAUAUACUUUAUCACCAUCACAGGAAACCUUGGUCUUAUUGUUGUUAUCUGGAAUGACUCUCAACUUCACAUCCCCAUGUACUUAUUCCUUGGAAGUUUGGCCGUUGUAGAUACAUCAUUGUCAUCAACAGUGACCCCUAAAAUGAUGGUCAACUUUUUCUCCAAGAAUAGGAUAUCUUUCACUGAAUGCGUGAUACAAUUUUUUUCUGUUGCUGUCUGGGUAACGACAGAAUGUUUUCUCUUGACAAGUAUGGCAUAUGAUCGCUAUGUAGCUAUAUGCAACCCUUUACUUUAUCCAGUGAUUAUGACCAAUCGACUUUGUGUCUGGCUGAUAACCACAUCAUUCAUAGGUGGCAUUAUUCAUGCCUUUAUUCACACAGGGUUUUUGUUGAGAUUAACUUUCUGUAAUGACAAUAUAAUACAUCACUUUUACUGUGACAUUGAGCCAUUGUUUAAGAUUUCCUGUUCUGAUCCUUCAAUUAAUGUUCUGAUAGUUUUUACUGUUGCUGGUUCAAUUCAGGUAAUCACUGUUAUGAUUAUUCUUGUCUCUUACACACUUGUUCUCUUUUCAAUAUUAAAAAAGAAAUCUUUAGAAGGCAUGAAAAAGGCUUUGUCUACCUGUGGAGCCCAUUUCUUAUGUGUGGCUUUAUACUAUAUUCCUCUUAUCUACAUGUAUGUGCGCCCUGCAUCUGCAAAGUCAGAUGAUCAAGAUAUGACCGAUUCUGUAUUUUAUACUAUCAUAAUUCCUUCAUUAAAUCCAAUUAUCUACAGCCUAAGAAAUAGGAAAGUCAUAGAUUCACUGACAAAAACAUUACAGAGAAAUGUUUAG